ACGCGCGAGCCCGCGAUGGGCCCCGGGGCGCGGCUGGCGGCGCUGCUGGCGCUGCUGGCGCUCGGGGCCGGGGGCCCCGCGGCGGCCGCCGAGCGCGGGGACACGUUCUCGGCGCUCACCAGCGUGGCGCGCGCCCUGGCGCCCGAGCGCCGGCUGCUGGCGACCCUGAGGCGCUACCUGCGCGGCGAAGAGGCGCGGCUGCGCGACCUGACCAGAUUCUAUGACAAGGUUCUUUCUUUGCACAAGGAUGUGAAAAGCCCUGUAGUGAACCCUCUACUUGCCUUCACACUCAUCAAGCGUCUGCAGUCUGACUGGAGGAAUGUGGUGCACAGUCUGGAGGCCACUGAGAACAUCCGAGCUCUGAAGGAUGGUUAUGAGAAGGUAGAGCAAGACCUUCCUGUCUUCGAGGACCUUGAGGGAGCAGCAAGGGCCCUGAUGCGGCUGCAGGAUGUAUACAUGCUCAACGUGAAGGGCCUGGCCCAAGGCGUCUUCCAGAGGGUCACCGGCUCCUCCACCACUGACCUGUACAGCCCCAGGCAGCUCUUCUCCCUCACGGCGGACGACUGCUUCCAAGUCGGCAAGGUAGCCUAUGACAUGGGGGAUUACUACCAUGCCAUUCCAUGGCUGGAGGAAGCUGUCAGUCUCUUCCGAAGAUCUUACGGAGAGUGGAAGACAGAGGAUGAGGCCAGUCUGGAAGACGCCCUGGAUCAUUUGGCCUUCGCCUGCUUCCAGGCAGGAAAUGUUUCACGUGCCCUGAACCUUUCCCGAGAGUUCCUUCUCUACAGCCCAGACAAUAAGAGGAUGGCCAGGAAUGUGUUGAAAUAUGAAAGGCUCUUGGCAGUGAAUGCUCACCAGGCAGUGGCUGAGACUGUCAUUCAGAGGCCCAACGUACCCCACCUGCAGACCAGGGACACCUACGAGGGCCUAUGCCAGACCCUGGGCUCCCAGCCCACACACUACCAAGUCCCCAGCCUCUACUGCUCCUACGAGACCAAUUCCAGCCCCUACCUGCUGCUCCAGCCUGUCCGCAAGGAAGUCAUCCACCUGCGACCCUUUGUAGCUCUUUACCAUGACUUUGUCAGUGACGCUGAAGCUCGGAAGAUCCGAGAGCUUGCAGAGCCGUGGCUCCAGAGAUCAGUGGUGGCUUCGGGGGAAAAGCAGUUACAAGUGGAAUACCGCAUCAGCAAAAGUGCCUGGCUGAAGGACACUGCUGACCCCAUGCUGGUAGCCCUGAACCAGCGCAUUGCUGCUCUCACAGGCCUUGACAUCCAGCCCCCCUCCGCAGAACACCUCCAGGUGGUGAACUACGGGAUCGGAGGGCACUAUGAGCCUCACUUUGACCAUGCGACGUCGCCCAGCAGCCCCCUGUACACGAUGAAGUCCGGGAACCGAGUUGCAACGUUGAUGAUCUAUCUGAGCUCAGUAGAGGCUGGAGGAGCCACGGCCUUCAUCUAUGGCAACUUCAGCGUGCCUGUGGUUAAGAACGCAGCACUGUUUUGGUGGAACCUGCACAGGAGUGGAGAGGGAGACAGCGACACACUUCAUGCUGGCUGUCCUGUCCUGGUGGGAGAUAAGUGGGUGGCCAACAAGUGGAUACAUGAGUAUGGACAGGAAUUCCGAAGACCCUGCAGCACCAACCCUGAAGAAUGAAGCGCUGGCAGAUGGCAGCUUGUCAGAGAAGCCAGAGCCAUGGGUAGAGGGGAGCACAGCCUCCUGAAGGAAGGCUGCUACCUUAUAAGUGGGAGCUGAGGAAAAGCCUUUUCCAGGAACCCUCCAGAAUUUGCAUUUGUUUCUACUCCAGCUGUGAGACUGAGAGCAGAAUGGAUAAUACAAAAGAGGCCUAACAGGUUUCAGACAUCGGUGAGGAUAAAAUGGAUGAGCUCAGUAUAGAACACUUGUUUAGCAUGUGUAAAUGCCUGGGUUCUGUUCACUAGCACUGAACACACACAUACUCUACACACACACACACACACACACACACACACACAUAUAUAUAUAAACACAUACAGCUGUGCAUACACACACAUACACAAUACCCACAUGUAUUAUAUAUACAUGUAUUAUAUACCUACAUACAUAACACAUAUACACACAUGAGCAUAUACAUACAUACAAUCACACACAAACAUGCACACACAAGCACACACAUACACUCAUACAUACACAUACUCCACCACCACCACACACACAAAUUUGCAAACAGUGUAUCAGCUGACACCUGCUGCUGCUCCAGCAGAAGAGCCUGACUCACAGGGCUCAGUCCCAUCACCAGUGGGUAGAUCAUGUGAUGACUUUUUCUUAAAGUGGAAAGCAAUUGUGUUUUUUUUUUAAAUGAUGGUUUUUAUUGCCAUUAAAAUGUUUUUAAAUCUCCUCA